AUGAAGCUGCUGUUCUGUCUGGGGCUGACUCUAGUCUGUGCCCACAAGGAAGGAAACCCUGAUGUUGUGAGAAGCAACUUCGAUAUUUCAAAGAGUUCAGGGGAGUGAUAUUCCAUUCUCUUGGCCUCAGACGCUGAAGAAAAGAUAGAAGAAAAUGGUAGCAUGAGAGUUUUUGUGGAGCACAUCCAUGCCUUGGAAAAUUUUUCUUUGUUCUUUAAAUUUCAUACAAAGGUAAGUGGAGCAUGUACUGAAAUGUCUUUGCUUUCUGACAAAGCAGGAGAGGAUGGUGUAUAUAGUGUUACCUAUGAUGAAGACAGUAAAUUUUGCAUACUUCAAACGAACUAUACUGAAUAUAUUAUUUUCUAUCUCAUGAAUGUCAACAACAAUGAUCAUCUGCUGGAACUCUACGCCCGAGAACCAGACGUGAGUCAAAUCAAGAAAAAGUUUGUGAAAAUUUGCCAAAAAUAUGGGAUUGUUAAGGAAAACAUAUUUCCACAUGUUUCCAUAUUACCAAAGUCGAUCACUGUCUCCAGGCCCGAGGGAGUGGAGUGGCCCAGGCCUCCAGCACUGGGUGAGUGCCACCUCGCUUGGGCUCCAGGAUCUUCUCUUCCAUGGUCCCCACAUCAUCUUGGGACAAGAUCUGUGACGUGAUUUCCAUCACUAUCGCACGUGAAGGCAUCAACUCUGCAUCUUCAGGAUCUUCCCUAAUUAUCUAGGAAGACUCAUCAGCUCACCACAAAUCAAAGUUUCCUGCAAAUUUCUAACUCUCUUUGCCAAAUUCAGGACAACAGUACCAUGAAUAAGACCUUCCUCUACCUGGUCAAUAAAUGAUUCA